AUGAAAAGUGAAUUGGUGGAUAUUUCUUGUAAGGGGAAGAAACUCUCUUGGUAUAGUGGGGAUGAAAAGUUUGUGAGUCAUAUAGACCGAUUUCAUAUUUCAGACACAAUUAUUAAUAGAAUGCAUGUGAUCAGUCAAAAUACUAGAGCUAGAGACAUUUUGGAUCAUUGUCUGAUGUGGUUAGUGUUGGAUAAUAAUGAUUGGGGUCCUAAACCUUUCAAAUUUAACAAUGAAUGGUUCUUGUUCAAGUCUUUUCUACCUUUUUUGGAGAAGGAGUGGAAGGAGAUAAAGGUGGAAGGUAGAGGUGAUUUUGUUCUAAAAGAAAAACUUAGAGUUUUAAAAGAGAAAUUAAAGUGGUGGAACAAAAACAUGUUUGGAAAGAUUAAUUUGGAAGUGGAGGAGAAUGUGAGGGAUAUUAACUAUGGGGAUGAUUUUUUGGAAGUUGAGGAGGAGGACAACCUUUCUGCUAUCUUGUUUGAUAGGAAAGAGGCGACUAGUAGAUUUUGGUUGAAUUUGAGAAUUAAGGAGAACAUGCUUGCUCAAAAAUUAAAAGUCAAAUGGUUGAAGGAUGGGAAUUGUAAUAGUAGUUUAUUUCAUAAGGCUAUGAAGGAGAGGAGAAGACAUAACCAUAUUGGUCCGAUUUUGUCUUCGGGCUCUUUAUUUGAGUCGGUGGAGGAAGUGAAAGAUGAGGCGUGGCGCCACUUUUUGGGUAAAUUUUCAGAAACGGGGAGAGUUAGGAGGGUAUUUGAAGGGAUAACUUUCAAGAGUAUUAAUUUGGAGGAGAAAUUAGGGCUUGAGAUCCCUUUUCAAUAG